AUGAUUCAAAAGUUUGAGUCAGAUUCUCAGCACUUUGAAGCUACUCUCCUCAUGUGCAGUGUCCCGUGUGCCUUCAAAGGACGCUGCACACAUGAGAUCAGCCGGCUGGACCUGGGCCUUAUUGUAGAGGUGUGGAACAAAGGUCUCAUCUGGGACACCAUGUUAGGAACAGCCUGGAUUCCACUCAAAAGCAUCUGCCAUUCAGAGGAGGAGGGCCCUGGCGAAUGGAUAUUUCUGGACUCUGAAGUUCUGAUGAAGGCAGAUGAGAUUUAUGGGACUAAAAACCCAACGCCACAUCGAGUCCUACUGGACUCUCGCUUUGAACUGCCCUUCGAAAUCCCAGAGGAUGAGGCUCGAUACUGGACCGGCAAAUUGGAACGCAUCAACACUAUGGGCAUUCAUGAUGAGGAUGAAGUAGCGGGACGCCCUCUGCCCUGUGCUGCCUCUCAAUGCUGCAACUAUUUUGGAUGGGCCAACAGCCAGACUUUGGAUGACCUAGACAGUGCGGUGGAUGAUAGAGACAGUGACUACAGGAGUGAGACGAGCAGUAGUUUACCUCCACGCUACCACACUACAGCCCAGCCCAACUCUUCACUUCACCAGUAUCCCAUGGGGCCACGCUUUCAGCAGGCCAUGGAUUCCUGUGCUGACUCUUUGCACAGCUUUGAAUUUUUCUAUAGGGAUCACCAUGCAAGCAGCCCUGUGGACUCCUGUCGUUUUGGAUCUUCAGGGAACCUCAGCCAAGCUAGUUCUCAGCUCAGUGAGCCUGGUCAGGAGAGUGCUGCGUGUUCAGAGUUAGAGGAGUCCUACCAUUCCUACCACAGUACCGGCUAUCGACCAUCCAGAAAUGGACAUCACCCUACCAAUGGACAUACUUCCUGGGGGGAAGAUGAGGGAUUGAAAUCCUCCCAAGACAACGGAAGGGGUAUAAGCAGCACUAUAAAAAAGGAAAUGGUUUCUAAAGUGGACAAAAUGCCUGAAAAAACUCUCAAAGGCUUCAGGGAUGAUGGAACGCCAUUGCCAUUCUCUACAUCCAGAUUGCAGGAAAUGGGGUGA